GCGGAUCAUGAGCCAUUGGCUCCUCCGGGGCAGGCUGUAGAACAACUCUCACCAAAGGACAAGCACACCGGGCACUAUGGGACAGUGUCGGUCAGCCAAUGCCGAGGAUGCCCAGGAGUUCAGAGACGUGGAGAGGGCCAUUGAGACCCUCAUCAAGAACUUCCACCAGUACUCAGUGGAAGGUGGGAAGGAGACGCUGACCCCCUCUGAACGACAGGACCUGGUGACCCAGCAGCUGCCUCACCUUAUGCCCAGCAACUGUGGGCUGGAAGAGAGAAUCGCCAACCUGGGCAGCUGUAACAACUCUAAACUGGAGUUUGGGAGUUUCUGGGAACUGAUUGGAGAAGUAGCCAAUAGUGUGAAGCUGGAGAGCCCUGUCCUGGGGAGCUGA